GCAAGUGUCGAGGAGUAUCUUCGGGCAGCGUCACGGAUACGAAAUAGCCGCCAUAUUUGAGCAGAAACCGGUUAUAUCGAGACAAUCGUAGAAUAUCACCAUGAGUAAAGCGCAUCCUCCCGAGCUGAAGAAAUACUUGGACAAGAGACUGUCAUUGAAAUUGAAUGGCAACAGGACGGUUACAGGCAUACUCAGGGGCUUUGAUCCAUUUAUGAAUCUUGUCAUAGAUGAAAGCAUUGAAGAGACCAAGGGUGGAGAGAAAAACAACAUUGGCAUGGUGGUUAUCCGAGGCAACAGCAUAGUACUACUGGAAUCACUAGACAGAAUAUGAUACCAAAGAAAACUUUAUGAACUAAACCAUCUGUAAAUAUCAUCAUGAAGACAAACAUAUGCACAGAAAAAAGACAGGAAGAAAAAUAUGAAUUGAACUAUGCCGAGUAGAGAUGUGUCAACUCCUGUGUUCAAGUUCCUCAUAUCAUUUCCAACGUUAACUGUACUAUCUGGAGAGUUAUUGUGCAUGUGAAAGUGAUCAUCACUGAGGACUAAAAAGAUGAAGUUAUCAUGAAAAAAACUGUAUAAAGCACUUUUUUGUUUCUCAGUAGAUUUUUUUAAUAGAUGCAGCUUUUAAGUAAAAGAGCAAUAGUGAAGGUUGUCGGAAGUUUUCAAUUUUCAUCAUUUGAAAAGAGUUGAUUGAGAUGACCUGGCAAAAAUGAGUUUUGUCUAAGGUCUGCUGAAAAAAUUUAGUAGAAGAUAAAUGUAUUUUUUACUUGAAAAAAUAUCUAAUGAAAACUCA